AUGAUUUCUGGGGUCAUUCUAAGGAUUGAGGUAUGCUACGAGUAUGUGCGGGUGGGGGUGGAAGAGGGAGUGGAGUGGGGCGAGGCGGAGGGGGAUGAACCAGUGUGGUACUAUGGACAUGUGUCUUCAUCGCCACUCAACGCAUUUCCAAAAGUGCCACUCAUGGGUCUGAUCCCUGUGUCGCACGUCACCCACGUCAUUCCAAGAGACCUGGAUAUCAAUCUGAGUGGCUCACAUGAAGACGAAGAAUCAGAUGAAGGGAAGGACAAAGAAGAGGGUGAGAAUGGUUCUGCCGCCAGCUGCAGUUGCGACAGGUGCUGGUGAGGAGUGACCAGAUGGGAUUGUCUUUCAAGCCCGGACCCAUGACCCAAUUCCACGACAAGUUUGUAAGACGUCGUGACCAAGUGCUGGGGCUGAACUCAUUGCAAAGAUGGGGUGAGAUCCAAACGGCCUUUAUUCAACAGACUAUAACGUUGACACCUCCGACGCCCUCUGCUGCUUCGGGGGGAGGAACUGUCGCCCGUUUUGGAAACAACAACAGCCGAAGCAACAGCGUAACUGGCAUCGAGAUUCCAAAAGAGACGAGGAGUUUGUUUCUGUUUGUUAAGUUGCAGUCAUUGAAGAUGAUGUUGCCGAAGCCCCUGAAAAAUGACAGUUUCGGAUUUGCUCAGACUAGGAAGCACUGGCUGAGAGUAUCUGUUUACUUUAUAUCUUCAGCUCAGACUGCUCCGCAGGGCGAUAGACCUGGAGAACUGAUGCAGGAACCCUUCUUGGUGUACUUGCCGCUGCCUAUGUCAGUAGGCUACUCCUCUCAGGGGGAUGGACUCAACACAGCCCCUUCUCCCCAAGACAAGAUCGAGAUUGGACAGUACUUGACACCCUAUACUGCAUCGUGUCUGUUCGAGCGUGUGUCUGUGUGUGCAAGUGGUGCGUCGUCUUCGUUCUUGGGUGGUCGUGGUGCUGCUGGAAACUCCAAAGUCCGCAUCUAUUGUGACCUGCUCGUUCAGAGCAGUAAGGGGUCAUUGGAGGUCAUUGCCAAGUGUGGUCUUCCACUGGGCAAUAAUGAGAUGGAUGCUAUGGCCCAGGGUAUGAUUCAUCCAACUAUGGCUCAUUCUCAGCUGCAGCAGCCUCAGCUUUACUCGGAAAAUGAUUUCUCACUCCGACCGACUGCAUCUGCGCUCACUACUGAAGAGCCUUCACAGACCAAGCCAAAGGGCAGGAAAGACUCUUGUUCACCGAGUUAUAUUCAACAUCACGACAGCUCAUUAGUGGAGGGAAGACUAAUCAUGCAGAUGGUAGUUGCAGAGAGUUCGGCCAGAGCGAGACAGCUGCUCAACCUGCCGCCCCGCCCCUCGGCUGACAGGCCAAUGGAAGAAGGGGACCAAGGGAUGGGCGAGGGGCUGCUGCAGUGCAGUAUACCUAUACGCCCUGUGGGGGCGACUAUCAGUCCUGCAAACGUAGGGCUAGGCGUGGGAGGAGUGUGGAAUUUUGCCCACUUGAGGCUGAGACGACUGUGGCUGGGGGCGAAGAAGGACAAGGAGAAGAGACUCUUCGUGCGUGUGCAACUCAUUCGACUCAAAGACGAAACAGACAAGUUCCAGGUGGUCGAUGAGGCGCUACGAGUUGGAGUGGGAGCGGAGUGGUGUGGCCAAUACAUUAGUCCUUCGUUCACAGUGCCCAAGCACGCGAAGGGGGAACUCCUUUUACCCCUGGAGGACCUUGUCACGGUGCGCUUCGGAAGCAACCACUUGCAGCACUUGUUUCUACUCUUCUCGAUUUAUAAAGAGAAUCACCAGCAGCAGGAUUCGGUGGGCGGUGGUGGCGUGGGGGCAGUGGUGCCUGAGUUUGAGCUAUUUCUGCCACUUAGUAACAGACUGUGUGCGGAAAACCUUGAUGGACGCACCGCACGACGUUCGCAGACCAACCUGGCGCUUCAGGCUUAUACAGCUGUGAUAAGUCUUCAGCCCCGUAACCUUCCACGCGUUAAUCCCUUCCCAGGACAAAAACUGAGUGGCAAACGUUCUUCUAUUGGGAGCUCGAGCCAUGAUGGGGGAGAAUCUCAUGGAACUAGUGGGACAGGGGGUCUGUCACAUUUCGGAGGGGGAGACUGCAAAGCUGUGGAAGAGAAAUUAGACGUGGAUCUGCACGUGAUGUCUUCUCUUAGCAGCGCGUCAGGGAAGAUAGUGGCACUGCUGCAAAGCAUUCCUGACCAGAAGAUGUUCUACGAGCAGACCAUGAACUUAGAGAACAAUUUCCCAGACGCUCUCUGGGUGAUGCCACAAGUACUGCUGAAAGUGCUUGGCUACUUGAGUGAAAAAAUGGAUCUUGGGCGGAAGGAGUGGGACAACGGGUGGGCGUUUCUACUGGACUUGCUCUCUCUAAUCGUGCGACACUCGCCUGAUCCCCUUCAACUGAACACUGACAAUGACACGACAAGCAAAGAGGGCUCAGGACAGACUCUGGACUGCUGCCAGUACCUAGUGUCUCGAGAGGGGGGAUUCCUCAAUCUUCUGAACAAUUCUCGAAUCUGGAAGUUCCUUAUGACACGCUUCAUCGACAGUUUGGAGAAACUAGCGAGUGAAAGUGUCCCAAGUGACAGAGACAGCAGGACCAGUCGCUCAUUCCCCACUCCCAGUCCGGAAACUACCCCUGCCCCGCCAACUAUCCCUGAGAUUCAUUCAAUCCAAACUGGCCUGGCAGCUUUCACCGCCUCUGGACUUGGAAUGGCUUCCGCUGUUCCACAGAGAGCUUCAACCGCUCCGCUGUCUUCGGUCUCCAGCACAACUCCAGCACAACUGAGAGAAGAGAUGAAGUUGUUCAGGUGUUCUAGUAUCCUUUGGCCCUGGAUCAAGCAAUCACUCAGUCUCCACGUGAUCAAAGAGAACAGCAGAGGUGCUCAUGGUAACAGCCACAAGAUCUUCAAGACAUCGCCUGAAGCACUGAAAGGGAGUGACGAAUUCUGUCAGUUGAGUGCUCGUCUGAUCAGUCUCCUCGAAGGGGGUCACAAGGGGGGCACUUUCAUCCGCCUUUCGGGAGAGGAGGAAGCACUAUGCAUGGCACAGUUCUACACACAUGCAUUCAUUGCUUUCCCACAUUUCCAUGGUGGUCUGAGGAUGAUUCGGAGACUGAAUCUGCAGAUGAGUCAUCUCUCCCUCUGCUAUACAUCGGCCGAACAUCUCCGACAACCCAAGUACCGAAAUGUGUUGAGUGGGUUGGUGCGGAGUGUGUUGAGUCACACGGUGCAAGUGCAGAGUGCCCUGAAGAAGUACUACCCCCAAUUCAGCCAACUCCUCACACACAUCCUCACUUUCUACCACACCAACACGCACACUCAGACACUGAGACACCACGACAACAGCCCUCAGGGCUUCCAAAUGCAGAGCCGAGAUGUGGACUUUCUGCUGGUGGUGUUUGAGAACAUUAACUUCUGGCUGCAGUCUGGAUACACCAGCACCCACCACUCCAAGGGGACGAGAGACAGCGCCCAGAGUGAUCCCCCAGAAGCAGAGGAGGAUGACGAGGACCAAGCUGACGGGGAUGAUGAUGAUGACAGUGGGCUGCCGCCAGGCGUCAAUGACAGUUGUUACCGGGUGCUUUGCUGUGCAGUUCAGUUCAUUCAGCUAGCCUCAUCGGUUGACUUGGUUGCUCUGAGCAAAGGAAACGUGGUUUCUUUGGCUCGCAGAGUCAGGCAAUUACUCAAAAUUGCCCACGAAGUGCUGUGCUUCAGUCGUGAUUGCAUUCUUCCGGGUCAAGACUACCUAUUGAUGAAAGUGCACAUCUGUCUGCAGAUCUACAACUUUCUAUUCCACGACUCCAACAGGAACAGGGGCUCCUCUGUGUUUGACAUUCUGCUCCACAGCAGGCAUAUUAGUCCCAACGAGAACUGCGAACAGUAUAUAUACGUGUUUGAAUUGUUGCUGCAAGUGUGCCAUGAGUUGGUGUGUAGCGACCAGUUGCAGCUGGAGAGGAUGGGCCCGGUGACUCAGAACAUGUUGAAACUGUGCAUCCGACGUCAAACACACCAGGCAGACCCAGAGGCUCUGAGUGAGCAAGGUGUGUGUUUCCUGGACGUUCGACACAGCAUCGCUUAUCUUCUCAAGGAGCUGCACAAUGCCAUCAUCUGGCCCCUAGUUCUGUCUGUUCACGGAAAAUCUGCUAGUUCCGGAGAAAGUGUCGGACUAGGUAGUGGCAAGUUCUUCGAGAGACCCUACCCUCUGAGGGAUAUAUUACACAUGUCUCUCUCCUCCCCCGAAGGAUACACCCUGUCUGCCUUCUGCGAGAUACUAGCUGCUCUCUACUGUCUUCUCACCAAACUCAACCCUCACCAGGCAUUCUCUGAGCUAGUGAAGGAGGUGGACACAUUUAUUGGUUUUAAACACAAGAUGGGAGACCAAGCGUACGUCGACACAUUCAGGAGCAGAAUGAUAGAACGAGUGAACUUGAGUCCUCUUGUGGACGCCUCUCGCAGACAGAGUGAAGUGAAAAGAAUUGAGAGUGUGACUUCAGUGCAGAUGAAAGACCUGCUCAGUGUCCGCUCCUCCGUCGCCUCCGGACUCGACCCAGACCUGCUUAUUCUGUACACUAGUGACCUGCUGAAGUUUUACGCAGGAGACAGAUUGUACAAGGUCUCUACAGCUGCCUCUGUUGAUGGAGGCAUUUCACCUUCUUCCUUUUCUGGUGCCCCGGGAGCAAUAACGCCAUCUGGAUCCUCUGCGACUGGCGUGGGAGACCUGAGUGAGAAUGUUCUCUUCAUUCGAUACCACAUGAGAAUCUACUCGCUCAAUGUGACUCAUCAUAAUCUCACUUCGGCUGCCGAGACACUGAUGGAGUUUGUCAUGCUUCUCGAACGACUCGACGAGAAGAACAAGCGUACUCGGCCGAACAGUGUGGCCCAUCUGGCGGACGAAGUGCCCUCCGAGUUCUACCGGGAGGGAUUCACGACCUUGGAGAUGUCCAUACACAUACUCAACAAGGCAGCUACUCUGUAUGAACAGCAGAAGCUUUACGAGGCGGCGGACUACGCGAGGGACCAGCUGAGUAACUUCUACUACAGGAAGCUGGAUUACGAGGGAAUCGCCAUCAAUAAUGUGCAUAGAGCCCAGCUUGCGUGCAAGAUCAAAGGAGUGUCUCUUCGGGAGAAAGUGGAUCAAAUUCUUCCGCCAGAGACCGGAGGGUUCGAUAUCACAGACAGCAAGAGGAAGACAGGCAGAGGUAUUCUUGCAUCGAUCUCGGAAUCGGCAGAUAAAAUGCAACAGCAACAGCAACAACAGGUGUCUUCAGUUCGGACAAUACACACUCGUGGAUUCCAGCUACAGUUCUAUAUGGUCAAAUUCCCACGAGUAGAGUCCAGCGCUUUUCCUGGAUUGAACAGCGGACCAGGCGCAGAUAAACGCGUCCAAAUCCCAAAGGUGUUCGAGGGCAAGACUUUUAUAUACAGUGGAGAGAAUUUGUCCUCUUUUGAGCUGGAGAACUACCUGCGUACCCUCUUUCCUCAUCACUCAGUUGUAAGGGAAGAACACGACAAACAGGCCCAAACAAGCGACAUAGUGUAUGCUCAACUGCACCCGCAACUAUGGCUCCCAAAGCGCUUCAAAAUGGCCCUGUUUCUCUCGUCUGACAGUCCAGAUGUUGAGUUCUACCGAACUCAUGCGAUUAGCAUGUUCGAGAAACGAAUCCCGGUAUCGGAAGUCGAUGAACUGAAAGACAUCGAGUUUGAUGACGAUACUGCUAAAAUGCUGUUCAAUUAUGACGCAUGCGGAAGUGAUAAAGAGAGGCAAAAGCUACUCAAGGAGUGGAAACAAAAUCUAAGAGCAGCUGCAGUGUUUGGAAUGAAGGUGACUAAGUACAAACUGACAGAACAGAACUUGGUGAACCGUAAUGAUACAGAGCUGUACCCUGGAAAGUGCAGAUGGCAGCCCAUAGCCAUGGCUAAACCACCUUCAAUCAAGCAUUCGUGUGAAUUGGCCAAGACUGAACUGGUUCGGUUCCUGCAGACUGUGUGCGAUAUCUACUUCCAGUUCCAUGAGCAGAAAUCAUACCCUGCCAGACAGCUGCAGACUCUGAGGGCGUUCAUGGAACUGAUCUCGAAAAUCAUAUCGCCCAUCCAGGGUGGGCUCAAGAAACAGUGCCUCGCUUUCUUGUCGCCCCAGUACAGAGAGCGAGUUGGAAAAGAAAUAGUGAGAGCCGAAUUCGAGAAAUACUUGGGAGAGUUGCUGCGGGCUCUGGUGGUGGUGUCGCGUACCAUCGAGCAGUUCGUAGAGUCGAGUCGAGACGAAGAGGCACUCAGAGGCAAGGGGGCCGAUUUGGAGCUGUUGUUGAGUGCGGCGGGACAAUACGACACACACUUGGCCUCCAUAUUUGACGAGAAGAUGCUCAAGACAGAAGGCGACUCCCGAGCAGUCAUGAUGGAGGUCAAGCAGUUCCUCCGCACCGAGCAUCUCUACAGAGUGACCAAGACAGAUCCCUGCAUCCAUGAACAAGACCGGAACUUGACGGGUGAUCUAAUGGGCAGAAUUGCAGCCGAGGAGCUUGAAGGGUUUAUGAGGGAGGGUGGAAAGAGGGCGUCUCUUCUAAUUGAAGAGUGGACUAAUAGAGGAAAGGGGAGGGGAGGAGAGUCACUGCUGCCCCCAAUCUCGUGAUUAACCCAAACUGACAAACAUACUAAAUAAUCAACCUAUAUUGUUCGCCCACUCUAUUCUUGCCAUAUAGAUAAUUUUUAGCGUUAUCAGAAAAACUGCGUCCAAAAAUCAGUAAACGCAGCAAAUGAAAAACAGAGGUCAGAAAAAACUGAUGAACUCACCUGUUAUAAUCAAUCAGUAGCGGAUUUAAAGGGGAAGGAGAAUUCGGCCGCCUGAGCGCACAAUCCUAACUUGGGUACUAUUUCAAGACAUUAGCUUUGGGCUGAUCGACCAUAAUUUUUUUCUGAAGGCGCCUUGGGGGGAUCCGUGCGUCGAAAAAACGUAAGAUUUUGGUUAUGACAUUACAAAAAUUACCUAUAAGUGUUUUUUGCAUUUCUUCCAAUAAAUUGGUCAUUGUGAAUUGUGCGAGUUUGUAAAAUCAAUUAGGUCUACCUAAAAAUGUCUACCUACCCCACCUAGAGAAUCCUAGAUCCGCCCCUGGUUAUAACCAAUCACGCUCAAUGAAGAUCUAGAUGAUAACCUGCGUAUGUAAAUGUUUAAAUGUUGUCAAAUAUUUCCGCUAGCAGUGGGAUGCUGAUGCUGUUUUUAACGAUUUGUACAUCAUGCUCAUACGUAACCGUGUAAAGUUGAUUGACUGAAACUUCAUCUGAAACUAACAUACAUCGUGACACUUUAAUAUAAUCAGAACAAUUUCAAGCUUUGCUUCAA